UUUUGUAAGAGUAGCGUGUGAAUGGUAUGUGUAAACAGUGCAGAAUAUAUUGAUACUGUUACAUGAUUCACCGACCUAUGUUAUUAAAAGAGUACCGGUCCACUGUGAAUUACAUAUUUGCAGCAAUUGUUUACGUACCGGUAUAUAAUAUGCAGUGAAAGAGUUGGGAGAACAAGACAAGCGAUUUUCCAGUCUUCAGUAAGAUCCCAGCGACGGUGAUGGCUGCGAUAUUACCAUUGGAAGGCAGAGGUGGUCUAUCUGGAGACCUGGGAGCGCUGCUGGAGUCGAAGGAGGCUGCUGACGUCACACUGGAGGUGUCUGGGUCACAGCUGUUGGCGCACAGGGCCAUCCUAACAGCCCGCAGUCCAGUGUUUAGAGCCAAGCUAAGGGACAUCGCAAAAGAGAGCGGCAGCUUCGCUGUACAGAUCUCUGACAUGAAGGACGAAGUCAUGAAGCAGUUACUCUGUUUCAUGUACACAGACCAGGUGCCAGACCUGUGUACUUAUGCAGCACCGCUUCUAGUGGCAGCGGAUGAGUACGGCAUCCCACUGCUGAAACAAGUGUGUGAAGCCAUGUUGGCCAAAGGGAUCACUGUGACCAAUGCUUCAGAAAUGGCAGUACUUGCUGUGAAACACUCAUGUACUAAACUGAAGGAGGUCACCAUCAACUUCAUACGGACACACAAUGAAGUGUUGGGCACGAAUGGUUGGGAGGAUGCGAUCCUCAAGCACCCACGAACGGUCGCACAGAUCUGCCGACUCAUGGUGGCCAAACCGUCAGAAAAGAGCAAGGAACAGUUGCUGUCGCCAGAUACGCUGCCAAGCAGAGGUCACCUGGAAGAGGAUAUGGCAGUGCUGCUGGAGUCUGGAGAGGCAGCAGAUGUGACGCUGAGGGUGGGCAAGCUGGGCGCCCGGAUGGCAGCCCACAGGGCAUUGCUGGUGGCACGCUGCCCUACACUCGCUGCCAAGCAGCACAUCGAGAGCACGGAGCCGAGUGUCCUCACACAAGUCCUGCGCUUCCUCUACACAGGGCGGGUGGCGCUGGAGGUGGGCUCAGCAGGGGAGAUGCUCGCUGCUGCCGAGAGGUUUUCCCUACCAGAGCUCACGGAGCAGUGUGAGCGGGUGCUUAUGGAGGGACUGUCUGUGGAAACAGCUGCAACAGUAGCCGUUGUGGCUGUUAUGAACUGCCACCUCACACUCAGGAGUGCGGCUGUUCAGUUAAUCAUGCGACAUGCCCCACAGGUGAUGGGGACUGAUGGCUGGAAAGCGGCCCUACGGAACCACACAGAGGUCGCUGUUGAAAUCUGCAGUCUUGUCUCAGCAGCAGCUGCUGCUGCUGCUGCUGCAGUGGCAGUCAGUCCAGAUAUCAGUGUGCCAACUGCACAAGACAGCUGUCGAACCCCUGGCUUUCGGCUCCAGAGUGGUCAUACGUCUGCCACGGCUGUGCCAACCCAAGAUUCCCACCAAACACGUCAGACACAACCACCCGGUGGCACACAGUUCCAGGGAGACCACGCUCAGAAAUCUGCCUCACCUGAAGAAGCGCUACCACUCACAAGACCCCACCAGAUGGCGAAGGCUGCCCCACCUAAUGGCUUCCUCUCUACCGUGUGCAGCACGCCAGCAGACGAGAUGAAUAGGAGGCUUCUCCAGGCAGUUAAGGAUGGAUCAAUGGAGGAAUUACAACAACUGCUCGCUUCAGGGGCCGAUGUGGGAAUGCAAGACUGUUACAGGAUGACUGCCUUGCACUGGGCAGCCGAGAGAGGAUACCUGGAGACAGUCGAAUGUCUCUUGAAGAAUGGGGCUGAAGUGGAUUCCAGGGACAGGUGGCAGCGCACACCCCUGCACAGAGCAGCAGAGAGGGGCCACCGAAGUGUGGUAACUGUGCUGCUGAACGCGGGGGCAGACAGGGAAGCCGUAGAUAACUUGGGGAACACCCCCUUGAAGCUGGCCAGAAGGAAGGACAUUCGACAUAUGUAGCAUAGGUGGCAUAGAUGGCUACUAAGAAAUGAUGCUUGUAGUCCAUCUUCAUCUUCUGUAAAGUAGCCAAUGCUCUUGUACUUGCAUGUACAAAUUACGUGACAGUGAUACGUGUAUCAGAUAGCAAUGUGUGAUCAAGAUGGACGUUUAAAAACAAAAAUAUCUUAUUAGUAAUAAACAGCAGUUUGUAAAGUAAUUCAUAACUGGACAUUUGUUUGUACCAGCAUAAUGGAUGUAUGCUUGACUGUAACAAAUUAGGCUUUACUCAGACUGGUGAUACACCACUUUUAUGGUUAGAGUUUAUCUUCGGUUAUACAAUUAUACAAAGAUUACUUGUCUGUAGCACAGAUGAUGUUACAUUCUGGUACAAUAUCAAAUAUCACACCUGUAAAAAGAUUCGAACCAUGUUAUUUGCAUACUAUUUCAUGUAUUAGUAUACUGUGAAUAAAAGAGAACAGAACAUUUUGGAGAAAGAUUAAAGAGAAUUGUCCAUCCACAUUCCAUCCCACAUGGAAUGUAAUUAUCUUCUCUUGAGCAUAUUUUUCUGUAAACUUAAUGCUGCAACCAGAAACACCACAAGUGGUUCAUUCCCUAUAUGGGCUGCACAGCUGUACUGCUUUAGUUACAAAAGAUGCUACUGCCUGUUGAGUAGUAUGGAUCUCCAAUCUCACAUUACGAAAUGAUGCUACAAAUCUGUUCCAUUGACAUGUACAUGAUACCAAGUAACACUGAGCAUGUUGUGUGUUUAACAACACUCUCAUUUGGGAUAUUAGAUCUCCAAUGCCUACUGUUGACUUUUAGUGGUCAAAAUCAAAGAUUCCAAGUUUCAUGUGAGUAGUUCGCUGUGUGAAAGAUGGCAGCAAUGCAAGGAGGA